UUCAAUAUGGCUUCCGCCUGUGCGCUGGAAUGGGUUCCAGAUUCAUUGUAUAAUAUGGCUGUUUCUGCCAUAGUUACUACCUAUUCUAAAUAUAGAAGAGAAUUGAAAGCUUUGCCUGAAAACGUCCAGUUUGAUAUUUAUUAUAAGUUGUACAACAAGGGAAGGCUGUGUCAACUGGGCAUGGAAUUCUCUGAGCUGGAUACUUUUGCAAAAGUGCUGAAAGUCAAUGACAAAAGGCAUUUGUUGCAUCACUGUUUUCAAGCGUUGAUGGACCAUGGGGUACGCGUAUCAGAGAUACUUGCGGAUUCUUUUACAAGCCAGGUUUAUCAAGCUCUACCAGAAAUACAGUCAAAAGAUAAAGUUAUACAGCUUGGAUUUGCUUUAGGAGGUUUUCUCAGUGAUGCGGGCUGGUUUGGCAAUGCAGAGAAGGUGUACAAAGCAUGUCUGAAUGUAUGUCAGAUUGAUGUCUCUGUUCCUAGCCUGUGUAAAUCUCUGGAGUGCAGUGUCAGGUUACUCCAUGUUCAGAACUCAAACUGUAAAUAUCAGGAAGCAAAAUCUACGUGUAAAGAUGCGCUAGAUGUUAUUACGAGGAUUGAUGAGCAGGGAACCAGUGUGAAUAAAGCUACACUGUAUACAGAAUACUGUGCUCUCCUCUUUGCUGAGAGCCAAUAUGAUGAGGCAUUUAAACAUUGUGGCUUGGCAAUGAAGGAACUGUCUUUGAGUUUACCCCAAAAAGCAGUGGUUGAUGUUCUUAGACAGUGUUCAAAGGCCUGUGUUGUGAAGAGAGAGUUUACUAAAGCUGAAGUGUUGGUAAAGUAUGCUGUAAGUUAUGCCAGGGAGUGUUUCGGUUGUCAUCAUCCAAAAUAUGCUGAUGCUCUGCUAGAUUAUGGUUUCUAUCUUCUAAAUGUGGAUUCUAUAGCAGCAGCUGUACAAGUUUAUCAGAAUGCCUUAGAUAUACGACAAGCUGUAUUUGGUGGAAACAAUCUACAUGUAGCUGUAGCCCAUGAAGAUCUGUCAUACGCCUCAUAUGUACAGGAAUAUAGCUCUGGACGAUUCACUGAUGCAAAGGAUCAUGCUGAAAAGGCCAUUGAAAUCUUAGAACAUAUACUGCCUAAAGAUCAUCUAAUGUUGUCCUCAUCUAAACGUGUUAAAGCAUUAAUUCUGGAAGAAAUUGCCAUAGAUAGUCACAACAAGGAGGUAGAGGAUAAGUUGUUGACAGAGGCGCAGGAACUACAUCUCCAGUCCCUUGCUCUGGCAAGAAAAGCUUUUGGAGAAAACAAUGUACAGACAGCAAAACAUUACGGAAAUCUCGGAAGACUUUACCAGUCCAUGCAUAGAUACGAGGAAGCAGAACAGAUGCACCUACAGGCAAUAGAGAUAAAGGAACGGUUGUUAGGGACAGAGGACUAUGAGGUAGCGUUGUCUGUCGGACAUCUAGCAUCAUUGUAUAACUAUGACAUGGAUAAAUAUGACGAAGCUGAAAAACUUUACCUGCGAUCCAUAGAAAUAGGUAAUUACUGUUAA